AUGUCCGCGAGAGUCGAUCCGGCACGGUGGACGAAACUCGUAACGAGGAGAUUGCCGUUGGUCGCGACACCCUCGAGACGAUCGUCGUCGAUCUUCUUCUCGGUUAGGAAUCUUCCGGCCGAUUACGCCGGAAACAGGCAACAGGCGAGACGAUUCGGGGCGAUAUUGAGACACGGAACGCUCGAACCGAUCUUCAACGAGAUGCCGCACGCGGUCGACAUUUAUUAUCCGCAAGUUUCCACAUUGGUCACUAAUGUAGCGAAGAGUCCAUCCUUCAACAAUAAUUACGAAUAUAUAGGGAAGAUACCUUUGUUAAAUACACUAUCGGAAUGCCUCAGUCCAAAAGUUCGUUCAUAUAUAGAAGAAUGUGCAUCUCUUUGUUGUCCCAAAGAUAUUUAUAUUUGCGAUGGAAGCGACAUAGAAUACGAUCACCUGUUGAAACUCAUGGAAAAGAGUGGAACUAUAUCACCUUUAACAAAAUAUGAAAAUUGCUGGCUUGCUAGGACGAAUCCUGCAGACGUAGCACGAGUUGAGAAAUUCACGUUUAUCAGCACAGAACGUAAAUCCGAUACAGUUCCCACUACACGCAAAAAUGUUACUGGAGAAUUGGGUAAUUGGAUUUCUCCGGCUGACAUGGACAAAGCAAUCCUUGAACGUUUUCCAGGAUGCAUGAAAGGUCGGACAAUGUAUGUCAUUCCAUUCAGUAUGGGUCCAGUGGGUUCAACUCUUUCAAAAAUUGGAAUAGAGAUUACAGACUCUCCAUACGUUGUUUGUUCCAUGAGAAUAAUGACCAGAAUGGGUAGAAAAGUUCUAGAAGCUCUUGAGAAUGAUAAUUUUGUCAAAUGUUUGCAUUCUGUCGGCGUUCCAAAGACUGAUUCAAAAAUUAAUGUUAAUUGUUCCUGGCCCUGUGAUCCAGAGAGAACGAUCAUUCUUCAUAAACCAGCCAAAAAUGAAAUAGUCUCUUACGGAAGCGGUUACGGUGGAAAUUCUUUACUCGGUAAAAAAUGUUUUGCCUUGAGAAUUGGUUCAACUAUCGCCAGAAAUGAAGGCUGGCUUGCAGAACAUAUGCUUAUAUUGGCUAUCACAAAUCCAAAAGGUAAAAAGCGUUAUAUUACUGCUGCAUUCCCUAGCGCGUGUGGCAAGACCAAUCUGGCCAUGAUGAAGCCGACAUUACCAGGAUACAAAAUCGAAUGCGUAGGUGAUGAUAUCGCUUGGAUGAAAUUCGAUAAGGAAGGUAGACUUCGUGCCAUAAAUCCAGAAUAUGGAUUCUUUGGUGUUGCACCUGGAACUAGCUUCGCCACUAAUCCUAACGCCAUGAAAACUAUUUUUAAAAAUACUAUCUUCACCAAUGUAGCUUCCACUAGUGAUGGUGGAAUCUUUUGGGAAGGAUUAGAGAAAGAAGUUAGUGAUGAUAUUGAAAUCACCGAUUGGCAAGGCAAGAAAUGGACCAGAGGAUCCAAAUCGCUAGCAGCACAUCCAAAUUCCAGAUUCUGUUCUCCGGCUGGACAGUGUCCUAUUAUCGAUCCAGCUUGGGAAGAUCCAAAUGGUGUUCCCAUAGAUGCUAUUCUUUUUGGAGGUCGAAGACCAGAAGGUGUUCCUCUUGUAUAUGAAGCUAGAAAUUGGCAACAUGGUGUUUUCAUUGGAGCUUCGAUGAAGUCUGAAGCUACUGCUGCAGCAGAACAUAAGGGAAAGAUAAUCAUGCACGAUCCGUUUGCUAUGAGACCCUUCUUUGGCUACAAUUUUGGAUAUUAUCUCGAUCAUUGGCUAAGUAUGGCCAAAAUGAAGAAUGCCAACCUGCCAACUAUAUUUCACGUGAAUUGGUUCAGAAAAAAUGCGGAUGGCAAAUACCUUUGGCCAGGAUUCGGUGAGAAUUCUCGCGUUCUGGAUUGGAUUUUUCGCAGAAUCGAAGGCGAGGAUAUUGCUACAAAUUCUCCUAUAGGUCUAUUACCUAAAUUAGAAUCGUUCAAUUUGGAAAACUUGAAAAUGAAAAUAGACAUGGAAGAGUUAUUCAGAUUACCAAAAAGCUUCUGGCAGGAGGAAGUUAAAGAGCUUAGAGAAUACUUCGAUGCACAAGUCGGUGAUGAUUUGCCUUCAAUCAUUCGUGUAGAGCUUGAACUUCUUAGUUCUAAUAUAGAUCAACUUUAAAAUAAUAUCAUUUUUUAUAUUUUUAACAUAACGUCAAAUUUGAUUAAAAUUAAUUUUUUUUACCGAAACUAAGUGAGGAAAGAUUAAAAAAAUUUUAAAAUUAUGAAUCAAAUUAUUAAGAUUCAUAUUAAAUUCAGAAAUCAUAAUUUAGCUAAUUGUUAGAUUUUUCCAUUAUAUCGAAAUGUAAUAUAUUAUAUUGAUUUUUGAAUAGAACAUUAAACUGAAUCAUUCAUUGAAAUAUUUUCCGAAUAUCUUUCGUUUUUAACAUCGUUUUCAUUAGAAAAUACUUAUAAUUUUAUGAUUAUUUGGAACAGGUUUUUUUUAGAGAAGGAUCGUGUACAAGUAUGCAAAUUAAUACAGAAUGAAAUAAUUUAUCAUUUAGGAUAAAAAAAAUAUGUAUUUUCAAUAUACAUUUUAAAUAAAAAAUAAUAAUGAAUAAAUAU